UAAUACUGUAAUUCACGUUAAUUUAAUCUUUUUGCCUCAAAGUAUCAGCAUAUGAUUUGAAAACCAUCUCUGGUUACCAACUCUUACUAGCUUUCCCUUUGCAAGGGUAUAAACAUAAAUUUAUCCUUCUUGAAUCAUCUGACUGUAAAGGAGUGUGGGUGGUUCAAUUUUGAGUUGUUAGAUCCGUGGUAUACAAUUUUCGUUUUAAAUUUUGAACACGUUGAGAUUCUUUUGGUGCUAGGAAUUCAAGGCAACACAAUUAGUAGUCCUGCCAUGUCAAGCUUCUGCGAGUUUAAUAGCAUUUUUUGUAAUCUUGCUCUCUUUCUGGAUCGAUAAAUACUAGUGUUUGGGCUUUCAAAUGUCAGCAUAAUGGUCUGACAUUCAUUUCUGGCUACCGAAUAUUACAGCCUUUUCAGUUUGUCCUGAGAGAGUUUUGGUGUAAAAUAAGGCUUUGAGGCUUGAACAAUUAAGAGCUUGUUCUGACAUAGGAAGAAGGAGAAAGUCAAAAUGCUUGGAAAUGGUUUGCUUCAGCCAGCAAUAAGCAGGCUACCAUCUGCAUAUCUUGGUUCUUCUACAGGACAUGUUAUGAAUGGUAUUUCUAAAGAUUCUUCAAAUCCAUCAGUUCAUCGGUCCUCAAAGCCUCUUCUUAGCAUUAAAUUGUUUGACAACAGUCUACAUUUAGCAAACAAAAUUUCUUUCAAAGGAACCUUGCGUGGAACUUGGACUGGGCCUCGUGCAAUCUUAGCAACAGAUCCAGCUUCUACUGAGCAGCUUAUUGAGACAUUUGACCUUGAUGACCAGUCUCAGCUGCAGGUGAACAUCAUUAAGUCUACAGGUGAAUCUCCAGCAAAGAUUAAUUUGCAGGUUACAAAUAGCAGCCCAUGCUUAGUUCUUCAUUGGGGUGCAGUGAGGAGUGGCGAGAACAGAAAUUGGAUACUUCCAUCAUAUUGUCCCAGUGGAACAACAAAUUAUAAAAAAAGAGCUUUGAGAACUCCUUUCACAAAGUCUGGGGAUAAAUCUUUGUUGACAAUUGAGAUACGUGACUCAAACAUAGCCUCAGUUGAAUUUCUUUUGUAUGAUGAAUCCAGAAACAAUUGGUUCAAAUUUGAAGGACAGAACUUCCACAUUGACUUGCCUAGGAGUGAGGGGGAAAUAUCUCAAAUAUCAAUUCCUGAAGACCUUGUACAAGUCCAAGCUUAUUUGCGAUGGGAACGAAAAGGCAAGCAAAUGUAUACCCCGGAGCAGGAAAAGGAUGAAUAUGAGGCAGCUCGGAAGGAUUUACAAGAUGAAGUUGCCAAGGGUGUUUCUGUUGAAGAGAUUAGAGCACAGCUUCAGAGAGGUGCAAAUUUGGGCAAGGAUUCUUCAAGUCAAAAGAUACCAAAAGACACACAAAAGAAAGUUGUUGAUAGAGUAGGGAAGUCUACCACCCCUCAACGCAUUCAACGGAAAAAGCGUGAUGUGCUUCAAAUACUCAAUAAAUUUCCACAGAAAACAGAAACUGUCAAAGUAUCUGCUGUGGAAAGAGAACUCAGUGCACUUGAGCUGUGCUCAAAGGUUAUGGAAGAACUGGAUGCUGGAUCUGUUCUUCAAAAGAAAAUAUAUAAGCUGGAUAACAAAGAACUCCUGGUUCUUAUAACAAAUCCACAAGGCAGAGUCCGUGUAAGGGUGGCCACAAAUAUGGAAGGACCACUUGUUCUACACUGGGGACUAUCAAAAAAUUCAGCCAGGGAAUGGGCAGCACCUCCAUUGGAUAUUAUACCUGAAGGAUCAAGUAUUCUGCAACUAUGUUGUGAGACAACGUUUAGGGAAGGAUUUGCUUUGGAUCCAUCUCUACGGUCUGUUGAGAUUGAGAUUGGUGAGCGUAGCUUUAUUGGAAUGCCUUUCGUUCUUCGUUCAGACAGUAAUUGGAUCAAGGACAAUGGUUCAGACUUCUAUUUUAGUCUGAGAAAAAAAGAUAUUAAACCAGUAAAGGCACAAGGAGAUGGAAAAGGUACUGCCAAACAGGUAUUGGAUGCAAUUGCAGAAAAAGAGAGUGAUGCAGAAAGGUCAUUAAUGCAUAGGUUCAAUAUUGCAACAGAGUUGUUGAAACAAGCGAAAGAUGAAGGUGAGCUUGGACUGGCUGGGAUCCUUGUUUGGAUGAGAUUCAUGGCAAGCAGGCAGCUUACAUGGAACAAAAACUACAAUGUGAAACCUCGUGAAAUUAGUAGUGCUCAAGACCGUCUGACAGAUUUACUGGAACAAGUUUUUGAAGAUCAGCCUCACAAUCGGGAAAUUGUGCGCCUUAUUAUGUCAACUGUUGGUCGUGGGGGUCAAGGUGAUGUUGGACAACGUAUCCGAGAUGAAAUCUUGGUGAUACAGCGAAACAAUGACUGCAAGGGGGGAAUGAUGGAAGAGUGGCACCAGAAGUUACACAAUAACACAAGUCCAGAUGAUGUAGUCAUCUGCCAGGCCCUUCUCGAUUAUAUCAAGAAUGACUUUGAUAUUAAAUUUUAUUGGAAUACAUUGAACUCUAAUGGUGUGACAAAGGAGCGCCUUGCAAGUUAUGAUCGCCAGAUUUGUUCAGAGCCACAUUUCAGGAGAGAUCAGAAGGAAGGUCUUAUUCGUGAUUUAACGGCAUACAUGAGAACAUUGAAGGCAGUUCACUCGGGUGCAGACCUUGAAUCUGCCAUUGCAACUUGUAUGGGUUAUUCUGCAGAGGGUAAAGGUUUUAUGGGUGGAGUUCAGAUACGCCCCAUUAGUGGAUUAUCACCAGAACUUCCAGGACUUCUAAGAUAUGUUCUAGAGCAUGUGGAAGAUAAGAAGGUUGGCCCACUUCUGGAGGGAUUAUUGGAAGCACGGUUUGAGCUCCGGCCUAGCCUUCUUAAAAAACACGAUCGACUUAAGGAUAUUAUAUUUUUAGAUCUUGCUCUCGACUCAACUGUUAGAACUGCUGUUGAAAGGGGAUUUGAGGAGCUGAAUAAUGCCCAACCAUCGGAUAUAAUAUAUAUUAUUUCCAUUGUUCUUGAAAACUUAUGUUUAUCAUCAGAUAACAAUGAAGAGCUCAUCUACUGCAUAAAGGACUGGUACCAUACACUCCAUUUGUGCAAGUCUAAAGCAGAUCAGUGGGCACUUUAUGCAAAGGCUGUGCUUGAUCGGACAAGACUUGCACUUACAGAGAAAGCUGAACACUACCAGAAGAUCUUGCAACCAAGUGCUGAGUAUCUCGGAGGCUUGCUUGGAGUAGAGCAGUGGGCGAUAAACAUCUUCACUGAGGAAAUGAUACGGGCUGGCUCAGCUGCCUCUCUUUCCUUGCUUCUUAACCGUCUUGAUCCUAUUCUUCGAAAUAUUGCACAUCUUGGCAGUUGGCAGGUGAUCAGUCCAGUUGAGGUGCGUGGAUUUGUUGUCACUGUUGAUGAAUUGGCUACUGUUCAAAAUAAGGUUUAUGAACAAAAAACAAUCUUAGUGGCAAGAAGAGUGAAGGGAGAGGAAGAAAUUCCAGAUGGUGUAGUUGCUCUUUUGACUCCUGACAUGCCAGAUGUUUUAUCACAUGUUUCUGUGCGAGCAAGAAAUAGCAAGGUGUGCUUCGCAACAUGCUUUGAACCAAAUAUUCUUGAUGACCUUCGAUCAAAGGAAGGAAAGGCAUUGUCCAUACAGCCUACUUCAUCUGACUUAGUUUACACUGAAAUCGAGGAUGAUAGUGUGUCGGUGGCUUCUGGAAAUUCACCCGUGGAUGAGGUGUUUCCAGGAAUAUCACUAAAAAAAAAACAUUUUAAUGGAACAUACGCAAUCUCAGCUGAUGAAUUUUCCAAUGAACUUGUGGGGGCUAAAUCACGUAAUAUUGCGUAUUUGAAGAGCACUUUCGGAACAUCAUGGAUACGAGUUCCUGAGUCGAUUGCACUUCCUUUUGGUGUUUUUGAGAAGGUUCUAUCAGAGGAAAUGAACAAGGAUGUUGCUGAGAAGAUAGCAGCUCUCAACUUAAUUGUAGCUCAAGGGGACUUUCAGAAACUCCAUGACAUUCGAGAAACUGUUCUGCAGUUGAAAGCACCUCAUCAACUAGUUGAUGAGCUGAAAAACAAAAUGAAGACUGCAGAUAUGCCAUGGCCUGGUGAUGAAGGUGAAAGGAGGUGGCAACAAGCUUGGAUGGCAAUUAAAAAGGUCUGGGCUUCAAAGUGGAAUGAAAGAGCCUAUUUUAGUACUCGAAAGGCAAAAAUAGAUCAUAAUGACUUGUGCAUGGCUGUUUUGGUUCAAGAAGUAGUCAACGCAGACUAUGCAUUUGUCAUUCAUACGGUGAACCCAUCGACAGAAGAUUCGUCAGAGAUUUAUGCUGAGGUUGUAAAAGGUCUGGGAGAAACACUUGUUGGUGCAUACCCUGGUAGAGCUAUGAGUUUUGUUACAAAAAAGUCAGACUUGAGUUCUCCAAAGAUAUUGGGAUACCCUAGCAAACCAAUAGGUCUCUUCAUCAAACGGUCAAUAAUCUUCAGAUCUGAUUCAAAUGGUGAAGAUCUGGAAGGUUAUGCUGGUGCUGGUCUUUAUGACAGUGUGCCUAUGGAUGAAGAGGAGAAAAGAGCGAUUGACUAUUCUUCAGACUUAUUAAUAACUGAUCACAACUUCAGACAAUCCGUACUCUCAAAGAUUGCACUAGCUGGAUUUGAAAUUGAACAACUCUAUAAAUCUCCCCAAGAUGUGGAAGGUGUAAUUAAGAACGGUGAACUCUAUGUGGUGCAGACAAGGCCUCAAAUGUAAAGAUACUUGCCAGGAACAAAAAUCACCUCUGUAUGGCAAAUAGACCAUAUCAUAUGUAGCCAGAAACUAGGCAGAGUUCUUCUUUGAAAGAUGUUUAUACCCAAUAAGUCUGGACUGGAGAAUCUUAGAGUCUGGAGUAAGAGGGUGGUUCAACUUUAUAUCAUCAAUAAUCAUGGUUUCAAUUUUGUAUAGCCUGGCAUUUCCAAGGCUAUACGGAUAAUGAACUAGAUGACAUCUCAAGGUGCAAAGUAAUUUAUGGAUAUGGUUAAUUUCACAGUAUCUAUGCUUUAUUCUGCAAGUUGGCAGAUUCUGUAGUAGUGACUCAUGGCAUCUAUUUUUUAAUUUUUUAUCAUUCCAUAAUAAGCAGAAUCUAGUGUUCUGCAAAUUUUGUACUUAAUUUUUUUUCUAAUAUAUUAUAAACGUAUCAUCUAAUUGUUAAUUUUC